UCUCGCUUUACAUGUUAUAUGGACACGUAAAACAGUACAGCGAUUCUUGUUUCUUUCCCCUUACCCUUUAGACCCAAGUUAUGUCCUCGUUGAAGAAGAAGAAAAUUCGCAUUGGUAUCGUAGGAUAUGGUCAUUUAGGUAAAUACCUUGUACAAACAAUUCAAGAUGAUGAUAGAUUAGAACUGGCAUUCAUUUGGAACAGGACACGGGAAGCAUUAGAUGACUUUAAGAACAAAGAGUUAAUUCUAGAAGAACUGAAUGAUUUCCCACAGAGGCAGGCAGAUUUAAUUGUGGAGGUAGCCCAUCCUAAAAUUUCACAUGAAUGGGGACCUAAAUUUCUUCAAAAUGCUGAUUAUAUGAUAGGAUCACCUACAGCUUUAAGUGACCAGACAUUAGAAACUUCAUUGAGGAAUGCUUCAGAUAAGCAUGGACUGUAUAUUCCAAGUGGUGCAUUCUGGGGUGGGGAGGACAUAAAAAAAAUGGCUGAUAGAGGAACAUUACAAGCAUUAAAAGUAACAAUGACCAAGCAUCCCAGUAGUUUUAAGUUGGAAGGUGAUUUGAAGAAAAAAAUUGAAGAAGUAUCUGAAGAGCCAUUAGUCCUCUACGAUGGUCCAGUCCGUGACCUUUGUCCUCUAGCACCUAACAAUGUGAACACAAUGGCAGCAGCAGCAUUAGCAGCUCAUAACCUUGGGUUUGAUAAAGUUCAAGGAUCAAUUAUUGCUGAUCCCAAAUUAGAAAACUGGCAUAUUGUGGAAGUAGAGACUUGGGGACCUGGAUCAGUAGAAAAUAACACAGCAUUUCAUGUUAAAACUGUACGAAAGAAUCCAGCAAAAGUUGGAGCAGUCACAGGCAGUGCUACAUAUGCUUCUUUCUUUAGUAGUAUACUUGGAGCUCAUGGCAAAGGACCUGGUCUUCAUCUUUGCUGACAACACCUAGAAAAGAUCAUACAAUUUGAUGGUAUUUCCAAGUGUUGAGGUGUAUGACAUUGCCAUAUUCUCAAACAUACCAGAUAGACUAGCUACAAAGAAGGUGGACAUGAUUUCACUUAUAAAUUGAAAUGUGGAACGCAAACAGAAUAAAACAUUGAAAGCAUA